UCAAUUUUCCCUCCCUUCUCUACUCCGCCGCUGCGAAUUCCACAAAGGAAACAUCUUUCGACUGCCAAUGCAAAAUGGCGUUCGAUUGUCGCUCUCCAACCCAAUCCCUAAUCAUUCUCUCUUCCGCCUCCUCCAUUCUUACUCUGACUCCCCUCAAAUCGACAUUGCCCCGCCGCCAUCGUCAUCCCCACCGUUCAAAUGCUCAAUCUCCCCCCUCUCUCUCUCCACAACCCUCCGCAAUCUCCUCCGCCCGCUCUCUGCACCACACCCACCUCCGGUUGUGUCUUAUGCGCCCCUUUUCCAGUUCCUGACCGGCCUAAACCUGUUGAAAUUGGGCCGCCAAAUCCACGCCCACAUGCUUCUCCGUGGCAUCGACCCCACUGCGCUUGUUGGUUCGAAGCUGGUUGCGUUUUAUGCGAGUUCCGGUGAUAUUGAUUCCUCUGUUUCUGUCUUCAAUCGGUUCAGUGACGGCCCUUCUUCGCUCUUGUUUAAUUCCAUGAUUCGGGCAUUUUCUCGAUUUGGGUUUGCGGAAAGAACUGUUGCCACUUAUUUUGAGAUGCAUUCUUGGGGCUUUACAGGGGAUUACUUUACUUUCCCUUUUGUGCUCAAGUCUUCUGUGGAUUUGUUGUGUGUUUGGAUGGGGAGAUGUGUUCAUGGACAGAUUGUGAGACUUGGGUUGCAGUUUGAUUUGUAUGUGGCUACUUCUUUGAUUGAUAUGUAUGGGAAAUGUGGUGAGAUAAAUGAUGCGGGUAAGGUGUUUGAUAAUAUGACUGUUAGAGAUGUUUCGUCUUGGAAUGCUUUACUUGGUGGUUAUAUGAAGGGCGGGCAUGUUGAUGCUGCAGUGGCGAUUUUUGAGAGAAUUCCAUGGAGGAAUAUUGUUUCUUGGACAACUAUGAUUUCUGGAUACUCACAGAGCGGCUUGGCACAGCAGGCAUUGAGUUUAUUUGAUGAAAUGUUGAAAGAAGAUUCAGGAGUAAGACCUAAUUGGGUGACUAUAAUGAGUGUCCUUCCAGCUUGUGCUCAGUCAUCGGCGCUCGAUCGCGGAAGGCAGAUUCAUGAACUGGCGUGUCGGAUGGGUUUGAAUUCAAAUGCUUCUGUGCUGAUAGCCCUUACUGCAAUGUAUGCUAAAUGCGGAAGCCUAGCUGAUGCUCAGAACUGUUUCAAUAGGCUUAAUAGAAGUGAAAGGAAUUUGGUUGCUUGGAAUACCAUGAUAACUGCUUAUGCUUCCUAUGGACAUGGGCUUGAAGCAGUGUCGACCUUUCAGGAGAUGAUCCAAGCAGGCAUUCAGCCCGAUGACAUUACAUUCACAGGAUUAUUAUCGGGUUGCAGCCAUUCGGGUCUUGUCGAUGUCGGUUUAAAGUAUUUCAACUGCAUGAGCACCACAUAUUCAAUCAAACCCAGAGCUGAGCAUUAUGCUUGUGUUGUCGAUCUCUUGGGUCGAGCAGGGAGAUUAGCGGAAGCAAGUAAACUUGUAGACGAAAUGCCAAUGCCAGCAGGACCAAGCAUUUGGGGUUCGCUAUUAGCUGCCUGCCGAAAAUACCGCAAUCUGGAAAUGGCAGAAACUGCAGCAAGAAAGCUAUUUGUCCUGGAACCAGAAAACACUGGAAACUAUGUCCUGCUUUCUAACAUGUAUGCUGAAGCUGGAAGGUGGCAGGAGGUGAACAAACUGAGAGCAAUUCUGAAAUCUCAGGGAACAAAGAAAAGUCCAGGCUGCAGUUGGAUCGAGGUCAAUGGCAAAGCGCAUAUGUUUCUCGGUGGCGAUACAUCCCACCCUCAAGCCAAGGAGAUCUACAUGUUCUUGGAGGCAUUGCCGGAGAAGAUGAAGGCAGCUGGCUACAUGCCCGAUACAAGCUAUGUGUUGCACGAUAUCAGUGAGGAAGAGAAAGAAUCCAACCUUAUUGCGCACAGUGAGAAGCUCGCUGUUGCGUUCGGGAUUCUCAACACUUCUGCUGAAACCGUUCUCCGAGUGACGAAGAACUUGAGGAUCUGUGGGGACUGCCACACUGCAAUGGUGUUCAUAUCAGAGAUAUAUGGGCGGGAAAUAGUUGUUAGAGAUGUGAAUCGGUUCCACCACUUUAAAGGUGGUUCUUGUUCUUGUGGAGAUUAUUGGUGAUUCAUACAAAAAGAUUAUGAAAAUGGAUAAUUUUGAUGGAAAAUUUCCAUGGCACGGUGAGUUUUUAGGAGACCAACUUCAUUUGCAAUAGGUUGUUACAAUUAAAUGAAAAUUUUAUACUCAUACAUUCAAACACAUCAAAUUAGUAUUCAUAGCUGAGUAGAGGUACAUUAUACACUAAAUUUGUAUUAUUUAAAUCCU